CAUCUGCUCAGCUGAGGCCUCCUGGAGAAGACGCCAUGACCCCCAUUCUAAAGGCCCUGCUCUGCCUCGGGCUGAGUGUGGGCCUCAGGACCCCAGUGCAGGCAGGGCCCGUCCCCAAGCCCACCCUCUGGGCAGAGCCAGGCCCUGUGAUCCCCCGGGGGAGCUCCGUGACCAUCUGGUGUCAGGGGAUCCCAGAGGCUGUGGAGUACCAUCUGGAGAAAGACCGAAGCCCAGUACCAUGGAAAACACAGGAGCCACAGCAGCCUGGGGAUAAGGCCAAGUUCUCCAUCCCACACAUGACAGAGCGUGAUGCAGGGAGCUAUCGCUGUUACUUUCGCAGCCCCACUGGCCAGUUAGAGCACAGUGACCCCCUGGAGCUGAUGGUGAUGGUGACAGGAUCCUACAGCAAACCCAGCCUCUCAGCCCUGCCCAGCCCUGUGGUGACCUCAGGAGGGAACGUGACCCUCCAGUGUGGCUCAGGGAAGGGAUUUGACAGGUUCAUUCUGACUAAGGAAGGAGAUCACAGGCUCUCCUGGACCCUGGACUCACAGCCACAGCCCAGUGGGCAGGUCCAAGCCCUGUUCCCUGUGGGCCCCGUGACCCCCAUUCACAGAUGGACAUUAAGAUGCUACGGCUGCUACAGGAAUAUAUCUCAGGUGUGCUCACCACUUAGUGACCCCCUGGAGCUCCUGGUCCCAGGUGAUUCUGGGAAGCCCUUUCUCCUGAGCCAGCAGGGCCCCAUCGUAGCCUCUGGACAGAACCUGACCCUCCAGUGUCGCUCUGAUGGCGGCUAUGACAGAUUCGCUCUGCACAAGGAGUGGGGACCGGACCUCCCCCAGAGCCUAGUCCUGCAACCCCAGGCUGGGCUCUCUCAGGCCCACUUUCCCCUGGACACUGUGAGCAGCUCCCACGGGGGCCGGUACAGAUGCUACAGUGGAUACAACCUCUCCUCUGAGUGGUCGGCCCCCAGUGACCCCCUGGACAUCCUGGUGGCAGGUGAGUCUGGGAAGCCCAACCUCCUGAGCCAGCAGGGCCCCAUUGUGGCCUCUGGACAGAACCUGACCCUCCAGUGUCGCUCUGAUGUCGGCUAUGACAGAUUCGCUCUGCACAAGGAGCGGGGACGGGACCUCCCCCAGAGCCUUGUCCUGCAGCCCCAGGCUGGGCUCUCUCAGACCCACUUCCCCCUGGACACUGUGAGCAGAUCCCACGGGGGCCGGUACAGAUGCUACGGUGGAUACAACCUUUCCUCUGAGUGGUCGGCCCCCAGUGACCCCCUGGACAUCCUGGUGGCAGGACACCUGCCUGACAGACCCUCCCUCUCGGUGCAGCCAGGCCCCUGGGUGGCCUCAGGGGAGAAUGUGACCCUGCUGUGUCAGUCACAUAGCCCGAGGGACACGUUCUUGCUGUCCAAGGAGGGGACAGCCAACCCCCUGCUUCGUCUGAGAUCAGAAAACCGAGCUCGGCUGUACCAGGCAGAGUUCUCCAUGAGUCCUGUGACCUCAGCCCACGGUGGCACCUACAGGUGCUACAGCUCAAACAGCUCCUCCCCCUUCCUGCUGUCACCACCCAGUGACCCACUGAAGCUCCUGGUCUCAGGUGAGGGCCCCUGACCCUGUCUGCUGUACUGUCAGCUUAGGGUCCUGUCCCCAGAACAAUCAUGGGAUGAAAGGGAG